AUGGAGCAUUCUUACCUCUAUUCCCCAAAGGAGGUGCUGGAACACUUUAGUGUUUCAGAGCACUCGGGUCUAUCGCAGGAACAGGCGUUGAAAGCCAGGCAAAAACAUGGAGCAAAUGCGCUUGCGGAAGACCCUCCCACCCCCCUUUGGGAGCUCAUCCUGGAACAAUUCAAAGAUCAACUGGUCCUCAUUCUUCUAGGCUCGGCUGCACUGUCUUUUGUCUUGGCUCUCUUUGAAGAAGGGGACGAUUGGACUGCCUUUGUUGACCCGGUUGUGAUCCUGACGAUCCUGAUCCUCAAUUCUGUCGUUGGCGUGACGCAAGAAACCAGCGCGGAGAAAGCAAUUGCUGCGCUCCAGGAAUAUUCUGCGAAUGAGGCUACUGUCGUACGUGAUGGGAAAACUCAGCGUAUCAAGGCCGAAGACCUGGUUCCUGGAGACAUAAUUCAUAUCGCGGUUGGAGAUCGUGUACCUGCCGACUGCAGGUUGAUUGCAGUCCAUAGCAACAGUUUCCGGGUCGACCAAGCUAUCUUGACGGGCGAGAGCGAGAGCGUUGGGAAAGAUACUAGUGCCAUUCGCGAUAAGCAGGCUGUCAAGCAAGAUCAGACCAACAUCCUCUUCUCGGCCCUGGUGGUUUUGACCGGCGGAUCAACUGCCAUCGGUGAUAUCCAUGAUAGCAUCACGUCUCAGAUCUCGGAACCAACACCACUGAAGCAGAAAAUCAAUGAUUUCGGUGACAUGCUUGCCAAAGUGAUCACAGUCAUCUGUAUUCUGGUGUGGGUAAUCAACAUUGAGCACUUUAACGACCCGUCACACGGCGGUUGGACCAAGGGAGCUAUUUAUUACCUCAAGAUUGCGGUUUCUCUUGGUGUGGCUGCCAUUCCUGAAGGCUUGGCUGUUGUAAUCACUACUUGUCUUGCUCUCGGUACUCGUAAGAUGGCCAAUAAAAACGCGGUGGUUCGGUCGCUUCCUUCUGUGGAAACCUUAGGAAGUUGCAGCGUUAUCUGCUCAGACAAGACCGGUACUCUGACCACUAAUCAGAUGAGUGUGAACAAGGUCGUCUACCUGGACAAGACUGGCAGCAGUGUUCAAGAGAUUGAUGUUGAAGGCACAACUUUUGCACCGGAGGGCAAUCUUUCCCAAAAUGGCAAGGUCUUGCAAAAUCUCGCAGUUCAAUCCUCCACUAUUCGACAGAUGGCCGAGGUAAUGGCUAUUUGUAACAGUGCGAAUCUAUCCCACGAUGCCAAGAGUGGUGUCUACUCCUGUAUCGGCGAGCCGACCGAGGGAGCCUUGCGCGUCCUGGUCGAGAAGAUUGGAACUGACGAUGCCGCUACCAAUGCGAAAAUAUCCCAGCUCCCUACCUCUCAGAGACUCCGUGCUUCGAGUGCCUAUUAUGAGAGUCGCUUGCCGCUGAAGGCAACUUAUGAGUUUUCUCGCGAUCGAAAGAGUAUGUCUGUCCUUGUUGGCACUGAGAAGAAACAAAGUCUUUUGGUUAAGGGUGCUCCUGAAUCCAUCCUUGAGCGAUGUACCCAUGUUCUCCUGGGAUCCGAUGGGCCCCGUGUACCUAUUACUAAAGAACACGCCGAUCUACUCUCUGCCGAGAUUGUUGAGUAUGGUAACCGUGGCCUUCGUGUGAUGGCUUUGGCCCGUGUUGACGAUGUGGGCGCCAACCCCCUCCUGCGCAACGCCCAGACGUCCGAUGAUUACGCUCAAUUGGAACGGAACAUGACUCUCAUUGGCCUUGCCGCCAUGCUUGACCCCCCGCGCCUCGAGGUUGCUGAUUCUAUCAAAAAGUGUCUUGCUGCUGGUAUUCGAGUGAUCGUUAUCACCGGCGAUAGCCGAAACACUGCUGAGGCCGUCUGCCGCCAGAUUGGUGUCUUCGCUGAAGAUGAAGAUCUCGCCGGUAAGAGCUUUACUGGUAGGGAGUUCGAUGGCCUUUCUGAUAGUGAGAAACUCGAGGCUGUUAAGACGGCCUCUCUUUUCUCUCGGACUGAGCCCAGCCACAAAUCUAAGUUGGUCGAUCUCCUUCAGUCUCUGGGCCAUGUGGUCGCGAUGACUGGUGAUGGAGUCAACGAUGCGCCUGCCCUGAAAAAAUCUGAUAUUGGCGUAGCUAUGGGUACCGGUACCGAUGUGGCUAAGCUGGCUGCUGACAUGGUGCUGGCAGAUGACAACUUUGCAACUAUUACUGUAGCUGUUGAGGAAGGAAGAUCUAUUUACAGCAACACUCAGCAGUUCAUCCGGUAUCUUAUCUCGUCUAACAUUGGAGAAGUGGUAUCAAUCUUCUUGACGGCGGCUUUGGGUAUGCCUGAAGCGCUGGUACCCGUGCAGUUGUUGUGGGUUAACUUGGUCACCGACGGCUUGCCUGCGACUGCUCUGUCAUUCAACCCACCUGAUCAUGAUGUGAUGAGACGCCCCCCUCGUAAGCGUGAUGAGCCCCUUGUUGGUGGCUGGCUACUGUUCAGAUAUCUGGUUAUCGGUACAUACGUCGGUGCUGCCACCGUCUUUGGCUACGUUUGGUGGUUCCUUUACAACCCAGAAGGGCCCCAGAUUUCGUUCUGGCAACUGUCUCAUUUCCACAAGUGCUCCGCACAGUUCCCCGAAAUUGGUUGUGAGAUGUUUACGAACGACAUGUCUCGUUCUGCUUCUACGGUUUCAUUGUCCAUCCUGGUGGUAAUCGAGAUGCUGAACGCUAUGAACGCCCUGUCGUCUAGCGAGUCCCUGUUCACUUUCGCUCUGUGGAACAACAUGAUGCUGGUCUACGCUAUCAUUCUCUCGAUGGCAUUGCACUUUGCCAUCUUGUACAUUCCAUUUUUACAGGGGUUGUUCUCGAUUCUGCCGCUAAACUGGGUGGAAUGGAAGGCAGUCGUGGCCAUUAGUGCUCCCGUUAUAAUUAUUGAUGAGACACUUAAAUUCGUCGAGCGUCAGAUGUACACUACAACCUCGAAGGGUGCAGGUCAGCAGAAUGGAGCUGCGUCCAAGCCUAAGAGGGCAUAG